UGUUUGGUUCAGUUGUUGUUUGGCAAGUUUUGUGCGCAUGCGCGGGACCGUUACAUGUGAGAGAAUCUGAGCUCUUAGCCGCCGGUGCAGCAUGGAAAGGAAAGUACUUGCACUUCAGGCGAGGAAGAAAAGGACCAAAACCAAGAAACCCUCCAAAAAGCCUGAUCCCCACCCGAGGGGAGCCGCGCAGCAGCCUGACUCACUGCAGGAGCAAGAUGAGGAGAUCUUGGGUUCAGACGAUGAAGAGCAAGAGGACCCUAAUGAUUACUGCAAGGGUGGAUAUCACCAUGUGAAAAUAGGCGACCUGUUCAACGGGCGGUACCACGUAAUCCGCAAGCUGGGAUGGGGUCACUUUUCCACUGUUUGGCUGGCCUGGGACACACAAGGGAAGCGUUUUGUGGCCAUGAAAGUGGUUAAGAGUGCCGAGCACUACACAGAAACAGCACUCGAUGAGAUCAAGCUCCUGCGAGCGGUCAGGAACACGGACCAGAAUGAUCCCAGCAGGGAGAAAGUGGUGCAGUUAUUGGACGACUUCAAGAUCUCAGGCGUGAACGGGACCCAUGUGUGUAUGGUGUUUGAAGUCCUCGGCCACCAUCUGCUGAAGUGGAUUAUUAAGUCCAACUACCAGGGCCUGCCUCUGCCGUGUGUCAAGAGCAUUAUUCGACAGGUUUUGCAAGGCCUGGACUACCUGCACACCAAGUGUAAGAUCAUUCAUACUGAUAUAAAGCCAGAGAACAUCCUGAUGGAUGUGAAUGAGGCGUAUGUCAAGAGACUGGCGGCGGAGGCCACAGAGUGGCAGAAAUCUGGAGCUCCACCUCCAUCUGGAUCCGCAGUGAGUACAGCUCCAGCCCCCAAACAAAUGGCCAAAAUGUCCAAGAACAAGAAGAAAAAGAUGAAGAAGAAACAGAAGCGUCAGGCUGAGCUCUUGGAGAAGAGGAUUCUGGAGAUCGAAGGACUGGAGAAAGGGCCUGAGGAAGAGGAGGAUGAAACGGAGACGCCCGACAGCACCCCAUCAGUCCCCAGCAGUCACACACUGCAUGACAUCACAGCCGAGGGCACGCUGGACGGAGUCUCAGAUGGUUGGUCUCAGCUCAGAGGCGGCGUCAACGGCCACAGCCCGGGCCUCGAGGACGAGCCGGGCCUCGAUCUCCAGCAGCAGAUGAAGGACGACACCCCCGUGAACCCCUACGACAGCGGCACCGAGGGCUCCGACCCUACUAACCCUUACCCAGCAUGCAACGGCACCGAAGAGAAAGAGCCCAGUCCUCCGUCCCCUGCCGCCACAGACGGUAAUGGACCUUUGAUUUGUGGCGUUGUUGAGUCACAGUGCCCUAGGGUGCAGGAUCAAGAGAGCCCCACGACGGAGCUGAACGGCUCUGUUGAGGGCCCCAGAGUGGAGGUGGGCCUCACCAUGGAGGUGGAUCCCAGCGCGCAGGCGGUCACAGAGGAGGAGAGCCUGAAGGACGCUAAGAAUGCUGCGGGAAACCUGCUCCUUAACCCCCUGGAGCCGCUGAACUCGGAGAAGAUCCAGGUGAAAAUCGCUGACCUGGGAAACGCCUGCUGGGUGCAUAAGCACUUCACAGACGAUAUUCAGACGCGGCAGUAUCGCUCUCUGGAGGUGCUGAUUGGAUCAGGAUACGGGACCCCAGCUGACAUCUGGAGCACAGCCUGCAUGGCAUUUGAGCUGGCGACAGGGGAUUACCUGUUUGAGCCUCACUCCGGAGAGGAUUAUUCCAGAGAUGAAGAUCACAUCGCGUUGAUUAUCGAGCUGCUGGGGAAGAUUCCUCGUAAACUCAUCAUGAAUGGCAAAUACUCCAAGGAAUUUUUCACCAAGAAAGGUGACCUAAGGCACAUCACCAAGCUGAAACCGUGGGGUUUGCAGGACGUGCUGGUGGAGAAGUACGAGUGGGCCCGAGACGAAGCCCAGAACUUCGCGGACUUCCUCAUCCCGAUGUUAGACCUCAUCCCAGAGAAAAGAGCCACGGCUGCCGAAUGCCUCCGUCACUCCUGGAUCGCCUCCUAGUGGCCAAAACCACACACAAACACACACACACAUGCGCACUUCUCUGAACUCAUGAAUGCUCACCACUGACAGACGCUGUCUUAAGAGCCGUUCCUGGUGUCCUGGCAGAAAUUAGCCGCAAGGACGAGAAGGUCCGGUCAAGCAGAUCUAAUCUGAAGUUGUUCGUCGUUGCUUUUUUACGUAAUUUCAGUGGUGAUUUCUCUAACAAUCACUUUUCUAUCAGUUUCCGUCAUAUCACAGGAUGGUUUGAAACGUGUCCGGGUUGAUUUGUCUUCUCGACAGGUUGGACUUUGUCAACUUAGUGUCCAUUUUCUUAAAAGCAAGAGUGUUUGGAGUAAAACGGACUCAGUAGCUGAUUGUAGUUUUUCUUCAGUGUUUUAACAAACGAUGUUUUCCUUGUCUUCACAGAGGGUUUCACAUCCAUGUCUGAAUGAAGGGAGCAUGAAGGGACAUUAUUGAAGUUCUGAGUGUCUUCAAAUUGAAUGUGAGCUACCGUACAGUGCAGGAGAAACACACACAUGUAGAUUUACCACAGAGGGCAAAAAUAAAAGGUUAGAAUUUCCCAUUUUGAUUUUAGGAUUAUCAUGGUUAGAAUAACUCGUCGUAUAACAGUAAUAAUGACCUUUAAUAUGUGAAUGCCAGGGAGGAGUUUUGGGAUCAAGGUUUUUUUGAGUAACAUAAUCUAAAAUCAGUGAGAACGUUUCACAUUGUGUACAUACUCAUACCAAAGAGUUGGUUCGUCACACGAUCAGUGUUGUACAGUCUUAAGCCCCAUUAUUUGUGUACAGUUUUGUUAUAAAUGAAUGGCUUAAGAAAAAUGUUUAAGAAUCACUGAUUCGGAGAUGCCUUGAAAUGAAUCUGUGCAUCUCUUGAUGCUUUUUCUUCCCAGUGUUGCUUCAAGCAAUAUUAGUUUUUGUCCUAGUUUAACUUUGAAAGGCCUUCGCGUUCUCUUGGAUAAGCCAGUUUCGUUUGAGCUUGAUCACAAACAUCAUCCUCUGCUUCUCUGCUCUCUGUUUUCAUGAAUGUCUCUGCUUUUGCUUGUUCAGCACUGAACUCAAAUUGUUUCUGUAGUAACUUUAAAUAAAGUUUUUGAAAUGGC